GAACGCUCGUAGACGCGAAUAUUUAUGAAAUCCGUUUACUAACCAGUGAAGAUGGUUACAAAAAAAGUUAUACAAAUAUUUUUAGUAGUUUUCACAAGCGAUUAUGUAUUGGCUCUUAGUUUUCCCGGUCCUCAAGUUUAUGUCGUCACACCCGCGGCUCCUCGACCUUUUCAAGUGGAUGCAAAGCCAGCACCGUUCUAUUACCGCAAUUGGAUGAGAAGAAUGGAUUCUGGUGAGAACGCAACUUCGACCACGACUUCGACAACGACGAAUACUCCGAGAGUGAAAACGCCUGAUCUCAUUUUUGCAGAAUUUGAGUCAGAUGGAAGCAUGAAAAAGUCAAUAAGAAAGCUUUUGGAAAAUGAAAGGGUUCAACCGAAAUCAACCACCUCUACUGCCCUACCAAUUUAUGUACCUGAAAGUGAGUCUUAUAAAUCAGAUGAAAAUAAAUACGGCUUACCCGUGCCUUUGGAAAGAGAUGGUCACAAGAUAGAAAACCAGAAAGUAGAUAACGACUAUUUUUCCAUGUAUAACAACUUUUACAAUAAGGUACCAGCGCCCGUUUACAUGCCUUCAACGACACAGCGACCUGCUAUAGUUUCCACGACUACACCCUCAACGACAAUUGGUAAUGUAGAAAACAUUUGGCAUAUUAUUGAUAAUGAGAAGCUUAAUGAAGAUAAAGGAAAGUGGGAUGAAGUGGCACUGCCAUCUUAUGAGUACACUAGUGAUGAGAAUAAUGACGACCACAGUGGUGCGCAUAUAACAGAAGCUGAACCCAAUGAUUCCCUUAAAAAGACUGAUAAAGAUGAAGAAUCAAUGGACGAAAACUUUGCUUUGCCAGGAUUCUCAACCAACAGUGGAAGCGCGGCUGAAAAUGAGUCAAGAGCAAUUCGCACUGAACAAAAUAUCCGAUUUCCCUAUGUUAAUUUAAAACCGUUUCAAAUGAAAAAACCUAUGCUGGACCUUUUUUCAAAUAGUAAAAAGGGAAAUAAUUUAUUAACUAGCUUAGACAAUUUUUUCGAAACCAAAAAUCCAGUAAGAGGGGAAGCGCAAGAUUUCGGAAAUACUCCAAUGAACCAGCCCAUUGAUCGGUAUAAUCCCGCACAACCUUAUUUACCUCAGGCCUACAGUAGCAAAUCAAAGCAAUCAAGCCCAAAUUCUUCACCACCAAAAGCCACUGCUAGCUUGGUUCCACCCCCACCUCCACCUUCCAACGGGGUCAAUUUGCCAUCUCCCAUAAGUUAUGAUUCAUUUCCCCCAUACACCCUAGAUUCUGCACCUUCGUUUCCUCCAGCAUCAGCCCCUGUACCUGAAUCACUCCCAUCACCACCAGUAAUCACUCCCAGUAAUGAUGAUUCGACUGAUACAUAUUCUGGUCCUAGUGGAGAAAGCGAUGGGCAAUCGAUGGAUAUUGGAUAUCGUUAUAAAGCACCUUCUCCCCCAUCGUCACCAGCUUUUUUACCCACUGUAGCACCAAUAAGUAAACCAUUUAUUGGUUAUUCAUAUAAUAAGCCAGAUAUGCCAUCCAACAGCGUUAACUCCAUGAUGACUAUGGACCAAAAUCAAGGUUUUCAAGGAUAUCACUAUAGUAAACCGAAACCCUCUGUUCAGGCUCCACAAUCUGAGACAUAUGAUUCUCCUCCAAGUUAUGGUCAUCCAGAUUCUGGCCCGACAUAUGGUUCAGCACCAGGUUAUGGUGAUUCAGGUCCCCCAUCUGAUCACCAUAAUUUCCCUUUCCCUAAUUCUGAUGGUAACGAUUUUAAAGAUGCUGGGAUGAUGCCACCACCAGAUAUAACACCUUACGGUGGUCCCCCAAGUGACCAUGGUUUUCCCAGUGAUUUUCCAACAGACUUUAAAUUCCCUCCUGACUUCGAUGAUCAUGAUCAUGAUCACCAUGUGCAUCAUGACCACCCACCAUCUUCUACAGAAAUGCCUCGUGUUAAUAGAUUCAGUUACUAUUAUUUGGGGAAAAAGUUAUAUUACUUACCGCUAUACUUCAGCGUUUACUUUAUUGUUUAUGUGGGUGCUUUAAUUAUUAAGGCAGUACUUCGUCAUAAAAUUGUGUACCCUAACAGUUGGAGGCCGAAUACGACCACGGCUGGUUUCUUCUCCAAGAGGUCAGUGGAUGAUUUCCUUCAUCACGAUAACAUGCACGAAUUGACUGGACGGAUAACUCACGCGAUAGCGACUGCUGCAGAAAAAUAUACAGAGAGCAAAAGAAAAUAAUCUUGUAUAAGAUAUUUGCUGUUUAAGUUGAACUGUACAUAUGAGAAAAUUAUCUAACAAAACACAGCUACAGUUAUUAAUUUAAGGAACUAAUAAUAUGAUGUUGCGAUCUGGACAUAUUUAAUACAUUGUAAAAUUAUUGUUAUUUAUUUUAAAUAUUUGUUCAU